AUGGGAGGAGAUGUCUACUCACUGGACAAGGCUGUGAAGAGCAAGAAGAAGAAGGGGGUCCCACAGGAUGUGAUUGAAGAGGCGGAAAGGAUUGAGGAGCAGAACUACGAAAGGGCAAAAGGGGUUCGAAUGCAGCUUGACGAGUCUGCUCUCAAGCAGAAGGCUACGACGGAGGAGCUUAUGAGGCAAGGAGAGACCCUGGAGAAUGCAAAGAGAGCGGCGGUUGGGAUAAAUGUGAAUGCUAGGAGGGGAUCUGAGAUUACGGAGGACAUUGAGCGAGAAGGAAGAGUGUUCAGCUGUGAACUUCCAUGUGUGCGUGCGAUAAAGAGAUGGUUUCGAAGAGAUAGAGGAGGAAUUGAUGAUAUUGUGAAUAGGGGGCAGGAGGAAGAAAACGAUGUAGAGCAAGCACCCAAGCACGUGGAGUUUGAAGAAGGAGAAGAGUACAUAAAAGGGCAGAACAAAACUGACCGGGAGAUGGUUGGAGUGUUGAACACGGUGAGGCAGAUAAGGGUAGAGGCAGACAAGCAGAAUAAGGAAGCAGCCAGGCAUAAGAGCAUUGUGAACGACAUAUCGAUGAUUAAUGAAAGAUCCUCAAAGGUGAUUAGGGAAACAGACAAGGAGCUGAAGAAGGUAGAAUGA